AUGUCUUUGAGUCUAAAUUGUUUAACUGAAGAUGACUUCAAGCUUAAAGCUAAAUCUAUUUGUCGCCAAUUGUUACCCUCAAGUUCAUGGAAGCGAGCCUCAGCUGACCAAAUACGUUGCAGUCGAAUCAAGACUGGAAAAUCGAAUCGUCUCUACAUUUGCGAGUUGAUGUCUUAUGAUGGUGUGAAUAAUCGUCAACAGAUUGAGUAUCAUGAUGAUGGCCUUUUGUCACCAGUCACAACGACAACUACAAGCAUCUCUAAUCAAUCUUCACUCAUCACCGAAUUAAAGAAAAGUCAAGUUCAAAAUAAAGUUAUCGUUCGUUUCUAUGGAAGUGAAUUCACUGGUGAAGGUAAUCAGUACAGAUCUAUCUCGGAUGAAUUAGAGUGUCGUAUUUUGGAUCAUUUAUCGUCCAUAGGAAGGGCACCUAAAGUUUAUGCUACAUUCGAAGGUGGUCGUAUCGAUGAAUUUCUGGAAAAUGCAACACUCGCGACUGUUGAUACACUUCGAUCGACUCCUUAUCUCCGUUCAUUGGCCAUGCAAAUUGCUCAAUUCCAUGCACUUCAAAUUGAACUUCCAGAGGGUGAUUAUUACGAGAUUAUUAAGUACUUCGGGACUCAAUGUAUACCAAAAGUAGAUGAGCAUUUGAACUCAGAUCUUUCUCCUGGAGAGCGUGAACUAAUCACUGAGAUUCGAAACUUUGUCAAUUCAGAUCAACUUAAUUUCAUUUUCGGUAAAAUGGAUAAUAUUGAUCAACGUAAAGUCUGUGGCCAUUUCGACUUGAAUCCAACCAAUAUAUUGGUUUUACCAAGUGAGACUCCACAAGGUAGACCAACAAUGGAUACACUUUUGAUUGACUUUGAAAAUUGUCAGACUAGCUUCAGAGGACUUGAUUUGGGUAAAUUUUUCUCUGAACUCAGUUUCACAGAAAAUAAUUAUAUUGCUGCUCGAGCCAAUGGAACCAGUUCAUCAUCACAAAUUUCACCCGUUUCUGAUGCAAAAAUACGCGAAUUCAUUAGAUAUUAUUUAACCGAAUGGUCUUCAAUUUCAGAUGAUUUUGAUCCAUCUAUUGACAAUGAGAACAACCUUUUCAAGGAAAUUAAAUUCAAUCUCAUGCUUGCCCUGCUUGGGAUCAUUUAUUGGAACGUUUCAAAUCCAGAUUUCUUGUCCAAGAAAUUGUUCAAUGUCACAGCCAGCCGAAUAAUCUUGUACCAACAAUUUGCCAAAAGAUGGUUUUCCUGA